UUGAGACAGUCGGGCCCGAGCGCGCGGGCAUGGUGGCAGUGUAGUGUGCGUGUGUCAUGACGUCGAGAGCUGGCCAGCGCCUGGCUAGCGUCGGGGCGCUCGCGACUAUCUUCCUGUUGAUCGCGCUCAUCGCGGUGCUCUGGGCCGGCAGGGGUCUCGGUCUCUUCUCUUCCCCCGAAACGUCCACUUCCACAAUUAAAUACGAGUCACCGCGUCCAGCAGACACCGAGGCCCCCGACCCCGACCUGCCCCAACCUCAGCUCAUGGAGCUAGUUCGGCCAGUGAAGACCUCGCCCCCGCCCUUACACGAGACCGACCUCCUCUACGGCGGCGACGUACGCCCAGUCCCGGACCCAGAAGGACCGCCCCAGCCGCUUCUGAGGCACCACUCAGGACACUUCCGACACAAGAUGGCCGCCAUAUGGGAUCCGCACCCCCAGUACGAGUUCUCCGCCUUCGGCCAGGUCUUCCACCUCCAGCUGGCCCACGACUCGGGCUUCGUCCUUCCAGACAUCAAGGUUACACACGUGUGGGAGAACACGUCCAAAGUGGAACAGUUGGGGUUGCGGGCGGACGGCUGCUUCUACUCCGGCAAGGUACAGGGCGACCCGCAGUCCUCAGUGGCGGUCAGUCUCUGUCACGGCAUGACGGGCCACAUCAGGACGUCGAAUGGGAGUUUCUUCAUAGAGCCCGUGGAGGAGUGGCAGGGGCACACCACCAUGCUGACCCACAGGUUCUACAAGGUGCCGGCCCUGCCAGGCUCUCUGUCCCCGCCCCUCUCGUCACAACAGCCGCGACCACACGAUGACAUAACCGGGGAGGAAGACUAUCCUGAGGAGACAAGAUCUACACAUCGACGCAAGCGAUCGUCCACCCAACAGGAGUACAACAUCGAGAUCAUGGUAGUCGCAGACCGCAAGAUGGCGGAGUACCAUGGCGCCGAGUUCAAGUCUUACGUGUUAAUGCUCAUGUCUAUUGUGGCGCUGAUCUACAAGGACGCAAGUAUCGGCAACCCCAUCAACAUCGCAGUGGUAAAGCUGUUCGUGCUACAGGACGUGGAACUGGCCAAGAGACACUACAACGAGGCCGGUAUCUCUGCCGCGGACAUGCUCAGGAAGUUCUGCGCCUGGCAGCAGAAGCACAACGACCCCAAUGACGAUAGCAAGAAUCACCACGAUUCCGCUCUGCUGCUUACCAGAGAGAACAUCUGUAGAAAUCCCUCUGGCACGCAUGCCAAGUGCGAGACGCUGGGUCUGGCGGAGCUCGGUACCAUGUGUGACAAGACCUCAAGCUGUGCUUUGGUUCAAGACAAUGGUUUGAGUGCCGCCUUCACCAUAGCUCACGAGCUUGGACACGUGCUGAACAUGCCUCACGACGACGACAUCAAGUGCGAGCAGUACAGAGGUGUGAGGCACCCGAACAUGGUGAUGUCCCGCAUGUUGGACCACAACACCUACCCCUGGUCCUGGUCCGAGUGUAGUCGACACUUCCUCACCGAAUACCUCGAAGGAGGCUACGGAGAGUGCUUACUGGACCGGCCUGGCACGAACCAGCUGGGCGACAUGAGCACACGAAAGCAGCCUGGAGAGGACUACACAGAAGACCGGCAAUGUGAACUUGUGUACGGCCGCGGCUCCAAGAUAUGCUCCUACAUGCCGAUCUGCAAGCCGUUGUGGUGUACCACUGACGUAGGGGAGGAGGAAGGUUGUCGUACCCAGCAUAUGCCCUGGGCAGAUGGCACUCCUUGUGGGAAGCAUCAGUGGUGUCAGCGAGGGGAAUGUGUUACACGGGACCCCAUCGCCCUACAGCCCAUCAACGGUGCCUGGGGAGACUGGCAAGGGUGGGGUGAGUGUUCUCGCUCGUGUGGAGGUGGGGUGAAACGCUCGUUCCGAGACUGUAACAGUCCAUCUCCAGCCAAUGGUGGGCGCUACUGCAUCGGUCGGAGGGUCAAGUACAAGUCUUGCAAUACCCGGGAGUGUCCUCCCAAAACUCCAGACUUCAGAGAGGAACAGUGUGCAGCCAACAACUACAACAAUUUUAACAUUCCAGGAGUGCCUAAGGAUGUAAAAUGGGUGCCUAAAUAUGGUGGAAUUGGUGUUGAAGACAGGUGCAAGCUAUACUGCAGAGUUGCUCAGUCCAGUUUGUACUUUCUACUUAAGGAGAAGGUGAUCGACGGAACAAUAUGCGGUCCUGACACUUACGACAUCUGCGUCAAUGGCAUCUGCCGCACAGCUGGCUGUGACCAUGUCCUAGGGUCCCCCAGUCAGCUAGAUUAUUGUGGGGAGUGCGGAGGAAAUAACUCGAGCUGUCAGCAAGUAUCCGGGUCUUACAACACGUCACAGUACGGUUACUCAAAGGUAUUACGGAUACCCGCAGGCUCUUCCAAUAUUGACAUCCGCCAGCACGGCUUCAGGGGUUCAUUCAAGGAUGAUAAUUAUUUGGCGUUGGUGGACGGAGAAACUGGAGAUUAUGUUCUGAAUGGGAACAACAUAGUCAGUAUGUUUCGCAAGCUGAUUCUUUAUGGAGGAACAACUCUCGAGUACACAGGCUCAGAUGCUGUUUUAGAGCGGGUUAAUUCUUCUCGUCCUCUCAACAAGGAUCUCAUUAUUGAGUUGCUGUCAGUUGGAAACCUGUACCCUCCUGACAUAAAGUACUCGUACACAGUCAAGCACACGUCUCUAGCUCAGUACAGCUGGAAAUUCUCAGAGGAGUGGAGUGUCUGCGAUAAGGUCUGCAACGGAGAGAUGCAACGACUCCUCAUCUGUGUCAAAGUACAGAACAGACAAGAGGUAUCAUCAUUUCUAUGCAACGGGAUAGAUAGGCCUGAUCCACCCAAACAACCUUGCAAUAACCACUGUGUCCUCAGAUGGCAAGUGAGCAGAUCUGAGUGUUCAAGUCACUGCGGGGAAGGCCAGCGCACACUGACAGUCCAGUGUGUCCAGCAGUUCUCGGACUACAAGGCAUCAUCUGUACACAACUCUUCCUGCAGUCACCUGCCCCGACCCCCAACUCACGAACCUUGUGUCGGGCCGUGUGAUCAUGCCCACUGGCGCUUCACUGAGUGGGGGCCGUGUACCAAGACCUGUGGAUCAGGCAUGCAGAGGAGGAUGGCGGAAUGUGUCAAUGACAUGAACGAACCUUUGGAGGAGAAAGAAUGUCGAGAAAGCGAGCGAACUGUGGAGAGGGCUUGUGGAACACAGAAGUGUCCCCAAUGGGCAGUGGGAGAAUGGGCUCCUUGUUCUGUGACUUGCGGGUCUGGAGAAAGGAUCCGACCUUACUGGUGUCAGUUGGGUAGUCAGUUGGUGACUCCACCUGACACCUGUGGGCAGGAUCUGCCGCACCACAAGGAGCCUUGUCGAAUGGAUGACUGUGCCUCCUGGGUCGUUGGUGAUUGGUCUCCUUGUUCAGUGACCUGUGGGGUGGGGACAGCAAGUCGGUCAGUGAUGUGUAGUAUUCAGGGGGUGUGUUCGCCCAGCACCAAACCUCCCGUCACAGAGACCUGUAUGUUACACCCCUGCAGUCUUCAACAUGAGAAUGCUAUCAACAGCAUUGAUUACCACCGUUACAUUUGGCGCACUGAGGACUGGCAGCCCUGCUCAGUGACAUGUGGGGAGGGUAUCAAACGGAGGGCUAUUGUAUGUUACGAUGAGAUGGCCCGUAAGGUGACGGACAGCCACUACUGCGCUCACCUCGAGCACCCAACCACCGAGAGUGGCUGCUUGGAGCGGGCCUGUGCCACGUGGCGCGUCGGCGAGUGGACUCCUUGCUCUGCUACUUGCGGUCAGGGAGUAGAGAGCAGGGCAGUAGCGUGCAUGACAGAUAGCCGGGAAGUGGACCCGAGAGAGUGUACGACCACACGGCCCGAGGAUCGAAGAUCCUGCCUCACUCAGUGUCCGGAGACCAAAACCAACACCUUUAAGUGGAGGACAGGUGCAUGGGGAGAUUGUUCCGAGGAAUGUGGUGGUGGAAAGAGGACAAGAGUGGUUGUAUGCCAAGAUGUGCUCGGGGAAAUAACAUCAGUCACUAGUCUCUGUCGGGAUACCAAACCAGUGUCCACCAUAACCUGCAACAUGCACCCAUGUAAUCAUGACGCUUCCUGGAUAUUCAGUGCCUGGUCUCAAUGUAACCAGACGUGUGGAGGGGGCUACCAACAUCGACAAGUGCGCUGUCAGAGCACACGAGGAGUGCCACUACCUGACACUGCUUGUCCCCAAGCUCAGCGUCCCCCACACGUCCAGACUUGCCAUACACAACCCUGCUACCACAACAACUAUGUCUACAAGUGGCGUGCUCAGGACUGGGGUCAGUGUUCUCGUACUUGCGGGAAAGGCGUUCGACGACGGAAAGUGUUGUGUUUGGAAGAGCAGACGGGUCGAAUAGUGAGCCCGUUGCUGUGUCCCGGGCCCAGUAGGCCUAAACCUGUCGAGAACUGCCGUCUGGCUCACUGUCCCCUCCAAUGGAUAGAGGGGGGGUGGUCUCAGUGUUCGGUGACAUGUGGCCAUGGGACACAGUAUCGUAGCGUGGCAUGUCAACGAGUCAACAGUCUCGGGUGGACUGAUCCUGAUCCUGUCUCUCCCACUCUGUGCGAUGCUGCCACCCGUCCCCAGACCCAACGGGUGUGCCACACCACCUCCUGCCAGGCCAUCUACAGCUGGGUGCCUGGACCUUGGCGUAGUUGCACCCACACUUGCGGAAAGAGAGGGAAACAAACAAGGAGACUCUUCUGCUAUCACAAAGAUGGGAAGAAAGUCAACAGAAAGAACUGCCCAAGAGAGUUGCGGCCUCAGCGAAGACGGAAAUGCAAUCGUAAGAAAUGUGGCUUCACAUCGUGUAAAGAUGUACAGCACAAGAUGAACCAUCGCAAGGACAGAGAGUACACAAUGACUGUAGCAGGCCGGAACCUGUCUAUCUACUGUUACGGCAUGAACACUGUGGCUCCCGUAGAGUUCCUCACUCUGCCCACUGGUGAAUGGGAGAACUAUGCUGAGCACUAUGGUAAAAGUUUAAGAAAUCCAGACAUGUGCCCUUACCGAGGCCAGAGGGUAGAUUUCUGCCCUUGUACCACUGAAUACGCUUCUCAGGCUGGACUUACGAGGUUUUAUAAAGUACGGUUGAACAUCACAUCACUUAAAAUUAUUGGUAAUGACUGGACAUUUACACGGCAAGUGAGUGGCAAGCCAAUAGCGUACGGGGAGGCAGGAGACUGCUACAGCCGAUACCACUGUCCGCAAGGUCGGUUCAGUAUCAACCUGACCGGUACAGGGCUGCGAGUCUCUCCUCACACACAGUGGAAGAGUCAUGGUCACUACGCCCAGAAAGUGAUCAACAAACUGGAGGAACAUCGGAAGGUAACGGGGAAAUGUGGAGGAUACUGUGGAACAUGCAGUCCAGAAUUUGGACUGAAACUGGACAUUUUACCACCAUAAAACCUGGGAGCCGUGGAUGUAAGAUAUCCACCCGAAAACAAUGCCUUCAACAGAUCUCAACCAAAGGCUGCACAUCGGAGAGAAGUCCAAGAGGAGUCCGGUGGGAGCCGUAGUCUGUAGGCCCGCCUCAGUACUUACACUAGUAACUUAUUGUAGAUGUCACAUGCGGCUUGUCUCAUCCUGUCUUGUCUUGUAUAUAUGUACAGUGCCAUCAAAUGUAUUUAUACAUUGUGAAUAGAAAUGUUAUACUAUAGAUAUUAAGGAUUGGUUCUUACAAGGAGGAGAUAAUCUGUAUUUAUUUAUCAUAAAUGUGCAUAAUAUUAUCCUUAAUAUAUUGAACUCCUUCAUUAUGUUACGAUUACACAUAUGACAAAUAUUCAUUAUGCAUUGUUUCUAUUAUUUGAUUAGAACAUUCAAAUUCCCAAGAUGUAAACACAAGGUGAGCCAAAGGAUGAUAUCUUUAAAGAGAGCAAUUAAUAACCAAUUUAUUAUAAAGACAUUUUUAUAAAGAAGCAGUCAGUGUCUCUUCUUCCAAAUGUUUGUCCUCGAUGUUCCUUUUCAACUUUCUCUUGGACAGACAAAUGGUGUUAGAAUGGUGUCUGGGAGAAGUUAUGGAUAGAAAGAUUUGACUGAAUAAAUUAGCCUGGAAAAAUGUAUACUUAGGAACAAAUAUUUUCACAUAAAUUUAAAUACAAUUCAGGAGUUACAUAAUGUUUGUUUCACUCGAUAUUAAACUUUUUUAGUAUUGAAAUUCUAAACAGUUAAUGAUCGGAGAGUAAACAUAGAUACCUUCAUUUAUCUUUCUAAGCUAAAGAUAUUCUUAAUAUAAGCACCUAAAAAUCAUCUUUAAAAAGUGUUUGCCUUUUUAUUCCUUUAGAACAUUUUCUAGAAUUUAAUGAAUAAAUUAAAGAAGAUACAGACUGAACUCUCUGAUUUUAUUUUAUUUUUCUAGGAGUAUAAUCAAUCACCCUCAAGUCCAAGCCUUGUACAGGGCCAAAAGCACAAAAUUGGGGAAAAAGUAUUUGGAAAUGAAAGAGAAUCACAUAUUCCACACAUUUGAGUUUUAUCCAGAUAACAUAAUUGAGAAAACAAUGUGUUUAGUAUUGGAUUGGAGUGUAAUAUAUAAUUUUGUAAUAAUUUAAAAAUGCCAUUUAAAGGUGUUAAAGAAACUCUGAUGGACUAUUUAAAACAUAAAAUUGUAAACUGUGGAAAACACAAUAUUUGAGAGAGGAAGUGCUGUGUAUUGAUGUACAUUUGUUUUAUUUAGUGAAUUACAACUUUGAAACAUUUUAAUAUUGCAUAAAAGCCAUAAGGGCAUACAGUAAAAAAAUUAUGGGGAACAAGAUGUUUGAUGAUCAUUUUAUAUGACAUAAUAUAUUUUGACAACUUUGAUUUCUAUUCAGAAUAAAAUAAUCUUAAAAUAAAUAAUAAUACUGUCACAAAUUUUAUUUUAAUUUAGUUGAGAAUAAAUAGGGAAUAGAUUAUCAAAAGAAGGCUGUGGAGCCCACAUUUUAAAAUGUUUUGACAUUAAUUUCGUAAAAGAGACUUAAUGAUAAAAAAUUGAAAACAGAUUUAAAAUCGGACGAUUUAGCCUUUGACUGAACAAAGGUCUAUUAUACAUUAUGUAACAAACAAAAAAUUUCGUUUUUUAGAAUGGCCUGAAACGGAAAAAACAAACUUUGGUCAAAUUCAAAUAAUAACUGAUAAACAUGCAAAACUGGAUAUAAAAUUAAAGCAGUACCUAAUAAGAGUUUAAAGCUAUUUCUUUGUGUUUGGAGAUCUCUAUUUGACAAAUAAUAUUUGGUUAUAAACACAUUAAGCCAUCAUACAAUAGUGUUUGAAAAUGCUGUUUACUAAGAUCAACCCAACUGUAAAAUAUUGGCGAAAUUUAUACUAAGUAGCUCUAAAGUGAUUCAACUUUUCCGCCCUUAGAUCCAAGCCUUUAUUGUAAAUGAUUGCAAAGGUCCAAAUAUCCAUAAAAUAAAAUAACUAACAAAUAGCAUAUCUAGAGGGUUAACUAGUCUCCCAGAUCCCAACACUCCAAUAAUGCACAAUUCCUAUGGCUCAUCUUGUAUAGGUGUAUUAUUAUUGUAUGUAUGUCAAAAUAUUAGUAUGAUUUUUUCAUGUUCAAUAUUAAAAUUAUUUUAGUCUUAGAAUAAUUAAUUAAUUAUCUUUUAAACAGACAUUUUAGAACAUGCAAUAAAAUAGGACAGGUAUUGAAUUUAACUACCAUUAGGUUUAUUAAAUUAGUUAAUGUUACUCCAGAAUGGUAUAGUGCAAUUAGUAAUUUAGAACUAAUAAUUUAGUAAUUUAUUAAUUUUGAAAAUCAUGUUUUAUAUUAAGAAUAUAUUAAAUUGUGUAUACUUUAUAACAUUGGUAACACAUUGAAUUACUGUGUUACACAACUUUCUUUGUAAGUUACUUAUCAACGAUAAUCAAUUUUAGUUUGAUAUCAGAGUAUGAUAUUUACACUGAGCAAAUGCAUAAUGGUUGAAAAACCCUAUUAAAACACAAACCCAAAUGGGUAUUAGAGACCGUGCCCACUAUGUUAGAGAUGUCUCAGCAACUAUUAUGUGUCAUCAAUUUUUCACCACUCUACAGGAUGGCCAGAGUGGGCAUAAACAUAUUUUUCUCAAUUUACUUCUACUAAUACAGGGUGGUUUUAAAGUCUACUCCCCUAUAUUAAUUUUUGUGACUAGUUAACAUUUCUAAAUGCCCUUUAGAAAUGAGUGGUAAUCAUGUAGCUUGGUGUUUUUUUGGCCCCAAAUGUAGAAAUACAAAAUAACAAAUCUUUAAUGGAAAGGCGAAUGAGACAGUAAUAUUAAAGAUUGAAGCAAACAUUAACUGGUUUAGAAAUUUUAAAAAGAAAAGUAAUUUAUGGUAACUGUUUUAUUCUAAAAAGAAAAUCUGAGACAUUAGGAGUAACUCAGAACCUUUAGAUUACUUGCAUUGUUAAACAAAAACUUAUACCUUUUUCACUUAUGCUAAGUUUGUGAAAUGGUCUUCUUUGUUUGUGUAGAUUGUGAGAGUAUUGUAAGCUAAUUGAAAACUAUUCUUUCAAUUAUAGCUGAGAUUAGGACAAAUUAAAUGUAUGUAAUAUUUAAUCGUUAGUAAAUUAAACCAAAUGUUUCAGAAAAGUCUUACUUAGUGUCCAGCUGGAAUAACAAUGAUAUUAUUCUAUUAUGCAUUUGUUGGUGAAAUGAUUACUUUUGUAUUACUAUAAAACACUUUAUACUUUAGUUUACAAAAUACAAAAAGAAUUAAUAUUAUGUUUGUUGCUGAAGUUUACAGAAUGCUAAGUAUUUUGACAAAUCAACUGUGUUUCCUAAAGCUAUUCUGCAAACAAUAACUUUUUUUCAACAUUCACUAUUAAAAUAUUGGAAGCAGUAACUUAAAUGGGUUUAUAGCUUUACUCAUAGAGCACCUAGUUAUAUUCAUAUAAUUCUGUCAUAUUAAUAAUAUUUAAUAGAAUUCACUUGUAUCUAUUCAAUCAUAUAGUAACUCUCCGACCCUUUAUCUCUUGAGAUAAAUGAUCACCAUUAAUGAUAGAAAUAAAAGCUUAAAAAUAAAAAUUUUAUAGUGGCAUAACAAUAUAAUCGGAUGAUCUAAACAAAAUAAAUGUUUAUUACAUGCUCCCCUGAAAUUAAUUACAAUAAUUAUUAACACAACAGUAUAACCAGGAGGGUUCACUUCUGGCUGGUUUAUACCUUCCAGUUGAACCUACAUUGGGUGUAGGUAAAAGUGAUGUGUCACUUAAAUAUGCACAAUCUUAUGGAUAUCCAGGAGCAGCACAUCACUAACUGCAAAUGUUGAGAUAAUGGGGUGCAAGGGGAGACCAAUAGAUCUAGUCUACUGCAGGAGAUGACUUUUGGAGUUGGUGGGGCUCCCUAAUUGUCAAAGGCUGUUGUUAACCUGUACAUAAGAGCAUGCCACCCCUGCCCGCUUUGAUUGGAGGGGUUGAUACAGAGUCAGCUCCUUCUUCCAAGGAGACAUGUAAUUAAUGCCCAAAAACAUCCUUCCUCAAUGAUGUUGACAGAAGGCAGCCCAUACCCCCAACCUUACCCUUCCUGAAUAUCCUGUCUCUCCAGAAACAGUGUAAAGGUCCUUUUGUGACUAAGAGCAAUCUCUUAACUUCUUCUGAGUACAAAAAAAAGCAAGAGUAUGAAAUUAUUCCAGAAAGUUCAAAAAAGUAAUAUCUUGACGUAAAGAAAAAUUUAUGUUCAACCAAACUAAAUGGUACUGCUUCCAAACAGAUUACUCACUGGUCCUUUUCAAGUAAAGCAGGCAAUUUACCACUUGUUUAGCCCUUAUUACAUAUGAGUAUACAGAUGUAGCUAUAUAUCAUCCGUUUGUUUUAAAGGGUUAACAUGCCCUAAACACAUUUUUACCAGAAUAAAUUAUGAAAAAAUUAAUUUUCAACCUAAAAUCUUUGGCUCAAUACUUAGCAUUUAUAGUAAUUUCGGCUAAUGUAACAAUACUGCCAUUUAUGUACGUAAGUUAUGUUAACAAUCAGAAAUUAUGUUAAGUUGUCAUGUACAAAAGCAAGGUAUUAAGCAACUGGAGCUAAUCAGUAUUAUUAUAUUGUUUGUGUUCAAUGUGACCGUACCGUGCUGUAAAUGUGCUAAGCUGAAUGUGAUGUGUUAAAUGUUUAGUAUCUAGUAGGCGGUGGAAAGUGACAGUGCCAUUUAUACCCACCGAGCUACUAACGUCUUGACAAUCUCACAUGUCUACCUUAUCUUCCUUGUACAAACCGAGAUACUACAUGCAGAUAGAGCAGAGUUACCAUACAGAGAUGCUGCGCUGCCACGGGUGAAGAGCAAUAGCACCAACAGCGCUUCACUGCCAAAUAUUCUCUCAUGAAUAUUGUAAAUCAUUUUGUAUACAUUUUUUAUACUGUAAUUUGUAUAAUAAAAUAACAAACUGUAUUUUUAAUGUACAUGUCAA